GUUCAUGAUGAUAGUAAAAUGAAAAAGUCAAUGAAACGUAAAAGAAGGGAUAUAUCGUCGCAACCAGCAUCGAAUACAAUUGAUAAAUCUUUAAGUCAAUUAACUAUUUCUCAACCAUCACCCAAAAAACAAAAGAUGAUAAAUAAUGAAAUUGAACAAGUAACAACAAAUGGAAUAUCAAAAAAGGAAAAUUCGAAAUCCAAAAAACAAAUUAAUCAUAAUAAUGAUGAUUCUUAUAUACCUGAUUAUUUAAAAGUAUCAAAUCGUAUAUUUAGACAAAUGUUAAUUAGUUCAUUAGAAGAUGCUGAUAAAAUUGUUAAACGAUUAAAUACAAGUGGAAAAAUUAAUUAUAUUCGUCAAUAUGCUUAUUUAAUUCAUCGUCUAUUUUAUGUACAGUUACAAGAAGAACAAUGGAAGUAUUAUUAUGAUAUAGGUAUGGAAGAUAAUAUUUGGUCAGGACGUGUCUCUAAGAAGUGGGCAGCUAUGAAUAGUAUGUAUUAUACUUAUGGUCGAUCAAAAACAUUAAUCGUACAACGUCUAAAAACUAUUCAACGACAACUUCAACAAGCAUCAGAAGCAUUACAACAGUUUGGUAAUCAACCAUUACCUCAAUGUUUAUCAGAAAUGAAUCCUCCAUUAGAUUUUACAACAAUGUCAGCAAUGGUUACAGCUGUUGUACGUAAAGGUCAACAUAAAUUAAAACAACAAUUUGAAUAUUAUAAAAAAAUGUUGAAAUUAGAAUCAACAGAUCAUCGAUUAGUACAAUAUGUUUAUGAUUUAAAAUCUAAUAAACAACAAAUUCGUUCAAUUCGUAACAUAUGGAAAGCAAUUUAUAAUAAAAAACAAAUGGAAGAACAAAUUGAAAUAUUAAAACAUCGUAUUCAUUCCAAUUGUUUACCACCAGCAUUCAAUUUACUUGAUUAUUCACUUGAUAAAAUUGACAAAAAACUUAGCCGAACUAGACAAUCUACAAUGAACGAUAAUGAUAGCAAACAACAAACUAUAUUAGCUGCCCGACGAUUAAAAAAAAUUGGUCGAUUUAAAUAUGAUUUACUUGAAUUAUGUAUUGCAGCUGGUGAAGAAAAAGUACGAUAUUAUGAUAAAAUAGCAAAAAAAGAAAAAAAGAAAUUAAUAACUAUUAGUGAUAAACUUAAAAAAAAUAACACCAAUUCAGAUAUGUUCAAGCAAUUAGCGGAAGCUAUUGAGGCACGUCAACAGCAUAUGGUCGUACGUGCUGAUUAUAUUACACAACAAAAAUUAAAAUCUUUUUUCGACGAAGCUCCGGCGUCACAAGACGCUACAAUGAACAACGAUGGCGUCGGAGCAAAUUAA